CCGGGCCGGGCCAAGGGACGAAAAAAGGAGCCCCCCAGAAUGGCCAGCAGUCCUGGAAGUAAUGCAUCCCUCUCCCGUGAGAAAACCAUACUCUCAGAAAAUUGUCAAGCAAAGAAAUCGCAGUAUUCUGAAGAGGAGACUUUUUAUAUGAACUGCAGAGCAGCCUACCUAGCUGUUUUUAAAAGCAGCUUAGAAAAUAUUAAAUCAAAAGAACAACUCUGUUUAGUGCUUCAACAGGCUGGAAGAAAUCCAUCUCAGAAGACGGUUAAUCAGUACUGGACUCCCCAGACCACCACACUGAAUUUUGAUGAUUUUUGUAAUAUCUUAAAAAAAGAAAAACCAGCUACAAAAACAGAACUGCUCAAAGCAUUUUUAAAAGUAGAUACAAAUAAUGAUGGAUAUAUUUUGCACACUGAACUUUAUAAAAUUCUUACAGUGAGAGGUGAGAAGAUGACUGUAGAGGAAGUGAAUGCCAUCACUAAAUUGGCUGAUGUAAACAGCAAUGGCAAGCUUGAUUACAACAAGUUUUGUAAAUUAUAUAUGACAACCAAUGAGCAAUGUCGUAAGACUGCACUAGAGAAACUAGAAGUUGACAGUAGACUGAGGCGUCAGCAGUUUGGAAGUCAAGUUGAAACCUCCUCUGAAAGGGCAACAACACCAAUAUCAAAACCAUCAUCAAGGACCACAAGCAAAACUGAUCACAAGCCAGCACCAAAGAGAGGUGACAACAGAACUUCUUCAAGGCCUUCAUCCGCCCAAAGUUGCAAAGCAUCCGUUUCUUCCACUAUCAGCAUGGGCACCAGCAGUAACACAAAUUCAGAGCUAAUUGAGCCAAACACAGUAAAGGAUUGGCAGUGUGCACAGUCCAAAGGAUGCUUCUUCAUAGAACAAGAUGGUGAAAUCAUUACUCAUAAAUAUAAGUUGUACUUACCUCAAAGGUCAACAGUAUAUAUCACCAUUAAACCUUUAAACCUUAGCCAGUUAGAAGGAAAAACUUCUCCAUGGUUAUCAGUGGACACGGCUUUGUAUGUUCUCAAGGAAAAUGAAAGCCAAGAAAACCUACAGCUUGUGAGCUUUACUGAAGCACGAAAUAAAGAGAUGUUUAUGUGGAAAGGUGAACUGGGAUCUGGUAUUUACUGGCUAAUUCCAUUCACAACUGGCUGUAGGCUCAAGAAGAUAAAAAAGCAAAUGACUGGAGAAGCCAAACUGGUUUAUAGAGAUGAAGAUGGAGAGCUGGCCCUUACCAAAGAGUUCAAAGCAGCUUUAUCAGACAUAUUUGAAAUGAUUGAUUUAGAUGGAAAUGGCCUUCUGAGCCUGGAAGAAUACAAUUUCUUUGAACUGAGGACUAGUGGCGAGAAAUGUGACGAGGAAGCCUGGACUGUAUGCAAGGAGAAUUUUGACACAAAGAAGAACGAGCUAACAAGACAGGGAUUUAUGGAUCUGAAUCUCAUGGAGGCCAAUGACCGUGAAGGGGAUCCUAGUGACCUCUGGGUCACUUUACUGUCACUGGGCUACAAUAAAGCACUGGAAAUGACAGAGGCAUGCCCCUUUGUCAUUGACAUCUAUGCUGAAAAAUGCAAACCCAGAAUUAAAGCCGUUUAUCUGGAGGCAGGCAGCAGGCAACUUAACAGGGCAAUUUGCAAGUCUGUUGUUAACAAAGGAGAUGCCAAAGUACUGGAUAGUGGUGAAAGUAUAAUUGUCUAUACCUACAAAAGUGAUACACGGAUCACUUCUGUUACUGAAAAUAAGUCUGAAAACAAAGUGGUUAUUCAUGUCAACAAUGAGCAGAGUAAGAACUGUGUAAAUAACAGGGGACUCAACAUUUUUGCUGUUGAAGUGGCACCAAAAUCCAUGAUGGUUUGUCAGCAUGUGAUGCCUUUGAAAGAGCAAGAAGAAUGGAUAUAUAAUUGUGUGCAUUCUCUCGUACCUUAA